AUGCAGAUGGACCUGGAGAUCCGAAGUCUCUCGGACCAGAACCAAGUAGACCUAAACAAUGUGCAGCAGGUGCGAAUAUUCACCGACGGGAGCAAGAUUGGCGGCCGGGUCGGGGCUGCAUUAUCCUUAUGGAAUAAUGAGGUCGAGACCAAGGCAGUCAAACUCAGCCUACCCGCGUACUGCACAGUCUACCAGGCGGAACUCCUGGCCAUCUGUAGAGCCACAAGCGAGAUCCUCAAGAACGGGGGGAGUUCCUUUGGUCUGUACAGUGACUCCAGAGCAGCGCUGAAGACCGUAACGGGCCAAUGGAACCUUCAUCCGUUAGCGGUGGAGAUCAGACGUAACUUACAUCGGGCUUUGGUACAAAACAAGAUGGUGUUCUUGUUUUGGAUCAAAGCCCACACGGGUCUCCCCGGGAACGAACGCGCAGACUGCCUGGCGAAGGAAGCGGCGCUCUCGAGCCGGAGAAAGCCGGACUACGACCAGGUUCCGGUUUCAUUCGUCAAGAGGAACAUUCGUGAGAAGACUCUCGCUGAAUGGAACCGGCGAUACCAGUCGGGAGGGACGGCUUCCGUAACGAGAGCGUUCUUUCCGGACGCGGUAAAGAAAUUAGAAAAAUAA